AUGGCUAUGAAUCGUGAGACCACCCAAAGCAUUCCGGUUGUUCGGCGGACCGGAAAGAUUGCCCUGGAGGAAGCUGUGGGAAGUCCUCUGUUCGCCGCACAUCAGAAUUAUCCACCUCGUCCGGUAAUCAAAGAUCUGGAUGGACUGCCGUUUAGUACCGAAUUCCUUGCAGAUGUCGAGAGCAGAUUAGAUGAUGUCGAGCUUCGGCUCAAGUCCAUGGACCAAAGCGGCGUGCAGUACGCCAUUCUUAGUCUGACAUCACCUGGGAUUGAAGGAGUCAGUGAUACGGAAACAGCCAUCUACUUUGCUCGCGAGACCAACAACGCAAUCUAUAAUAAAUACGUGCGACCUUAUCCGGACCGCUUUGGUUUUUUUGCGUGCGUUGCAAUGCAUGAUCCAGGGGAAGCUGCCAAAGAGCUUCAAAGAGCUGUGUCACAAUUAGGCGCUAAAGGCGCUCUGAUCAAUGGUUUUACCAACUUGGACGACCGCGACGACAAACUACGGUAUCUUGAUGCGCCAGAGUGCGAACCGUUCUGGAAAAUGCUUCAUCAACUUCAAGUUCCACUUUAUAUCCAUCCACGAUUGCCUCCAAUUCAUCAGCAAGUUCUGUACAGCCAAUAUCCCAAUCUUGUCUCCGCAUCUUAUGGCUUUGGUGUGGAGUGCGCAGGCCAUGCUCUGAGAAUCAUGUGCUCUGGAAUCCUUGACAAGUAUCCUGUAACGAUUAUACUGGGUCACUGUGCCGAAGCACUUCCCUUCAUUAUUCAUCGAGCGAAUCAGCGAAUGAAAAUCGGCACUCCAGGUGGUAAUGGUGCACAUAAACAUUCUUUGAUGUACUACUUCCAGAAUCAUUUCUAUGCCACAUUGGCCGGUGUUCGUCGCUACAGCACAAUGAAAAACACAAUCGAAGAGCUUGGCGAAUCACGAGUGAUGUUCAGCGUGGAUUAUCCUUAUGAGAGCAAUGAGGAUGCAGCAGAUUGGUUCGAUGGACUUGAACUCAAUGAAAGCACCCGAAUGGCUAUUGCUGCUGGAAACGCCACACGGCUCUUUGGCUUGCCUGCCAUGGCCGACUGA